AUGUUGCCACAUAUUAGCAUUGACCUGAUGCUGAACAACAUGAAGAUGCUGUUGGAUGCCAAGCAGUAUGAGUCAGCCGAGACAUUGGGCAACUUUAUCAUCUCAACACCAUCGCUGGUAAAGGGUGCGGCAGCAGGCUCUGCCGUCACUAAUCAGAUGAUACUGGCAUUGACAAUGUUUGCAGACGCAAUGUUCAAUCAGGGCCAACACCUUCGCGCCUGCAAGUAUUAUAAGGCGGCGUUUGAGAUGUUGGCCAAGUUGAUCAGUCCAUCCAGUCACACAUCACUCUUUAGCCAAGCCGCUUCCAAACAGCCACAAAUCACUGCCAGUCUCCGAGCGACCGAAUACGAACUGCGCUACAAGAUGGCACUCUGUCACGUCCAGACCAAGAGGAUACCAUUGGCCAUAUCACAUCUUGAGAUUAUACCGAUUGCCAACAGGACACUGGCGAUACAUUUGACAUUGGCAAAGCUUUAUAGGGAGACAAUGAGAGAGAAGACAAAGGAUACGAUCACAUGUUACAAGGAGGCACUUAGAUUGUGUCCUCUUUGUAUUGAGGCGAUCAAUGCAUUGAAGGAACUUGGCGAGGAUCCCGAAGCCAUACUACAACCAGUACUCAACAAACAGAACUUCCCCAACACCAACAUCGACUCAUCCUGGAUACCAGCACUGGCACAAUCAACAAUCGAGUUGAAACGAAAUCAACCUCAAAAAUCAUUAUUCAUACUUAAGAAGCUUGAAGCCAAGUUCACUGGAAACCUCUACUUGUUGGAGAGACUGGCAAUGGCCUACCUUUACAAUGACGAACCAUCAAUCGUCAACACAACCGACACUUUCAAAAAGAUACGCACUAUUGAUCCACUCUAUGUAGGCUCAAUGGAUGUCUACUGCUCAAUUCUCAAGCGCAGACAACUCCCAGUAGAGUUGAACAAGGUAUGCUCCGAACUGGUUAACGCCUACCCACAAAGUCCAGAGAGUUGGACAUCAGCUGCAAUGUAUUAUUAUCUCAAGGAGACCAAUGAGAAGGCUGUGGAGUGCGUGGAGCGCGCUCUGAGCAUUGACGAAUCACACACUCAGGCACACAGUCUCAAGGGUGAGAUAUACCUGAGCAUCGACGAGCCACGCAUAGCGCUGCCUUCACUUGAGCGUGCGUUUGCGCUGUCCAAGAACAUACUCACGGCUCGCGAUCUUGUGCGCUGCCACCUCUUCCUCAACCAACUGAACGAGGCACUUGCCGUGGCCAAGGCCAUCCAUCGUCUGAGUCCGGACUACUCCAAGUCCAAGGCGCUGGUUGGCAUGGUGCUGGCCAACCAGCCCGAAGAGCGAGACCAAGCACGAAAGAUCCUCCAAGAGGCCCUGGUACUCUCUCCCUUCUGUAUCGACUCUGUGCUGACCAUGAGCAAGUUGAACCUUGUCGAAGGAAAGGCACAAGAUGCCAUCGAUUUGAUACAGAGACAGUUGGACAACCAGGAAACAGACUUGAUGCACACAGAGAUGGCUAAUAUAUACAUGGAGAUGGGAUCGGAGGAUGUGUAUGAUAAGGCAAUUCAUCAUUUCAAUCAAGCGCUGGAGAUCAAUGGCUCGUAUGAAGGUGCUUUGACAGGUCUGCAUCGUUUGGAGUUGUUGAGGAAAGGUCUGGACCCUGACCAAAUCGACGAAGGCAUAGAUGGCGAGGACCUCGAACUCCAAGAAGAUGAUGAACUGGAUGAUGAAGAGAACCUUGUCGACGACAUGGAUGACAUGGCCUAA